GAGAGAGAGAGAGAGAGAGCAGCUCUUCAUAACACCGGCCCCCAGCGGCUCACAGAUAAAGCAGAAGAUGAUGCAGAUCUGUGAUCAUAAACUCAUAUUUCUCCUGCUCAUCAUGUCAGUGUUGGCAUGUGAGACGACGGAGAUCUCGACUUUCACUGGUUAUGAAGGAGGACAAGUUGAAAUACGCUGUCCUUAUGAGUCUGAAUAUGAAACAUAUGAGAAAUAUCUCUGCAGAGGAGAGUGUCCAAUACUUAUUAAAGACAAAGUUGUUGAAUCUGGAUCUCCAGCUAAAGACGAGAGAUUCUCUCUGACCGAUCACAGAACGACCCACAUCUUCACCGUCACCAUCACUGAUCUGAGAACAGCAGAUGAAGGCCAAUACUGGUGUGGUGUGAAGACAGCACUGGGAAAAUAUGAUGACAAAACAGAGAUUCUUCUACAAAUUAAACCUGUGUCUGUCGUGUCUGGAGUGACCGGACAUCAUCUGAACAUCUCCUGCCGUUAUAACAGAGACGUGAACAACAACAUCAAGUUCAUGUGCAAAGGAAGCGACCCGUCGAUCUGUGAGACGUCGGCUGUCAAAGUUUCCUCACAAACAAACAGUAACGGCAGAUUCUCUCUGAGGGAUGAUGAAUCUGCAGGAGUUUUUACUGUGACCGUCACUGAGCUGACACUAGAGGAUUCUGGGAUAUACUGGUGUGGAGCGGGAGAGACGAGACUCAAGAACAAGUGGAUUUCAGUGAUGCAUCUGAACAUUAAUGGUGACUUUUCAAAGAUGUCACAUAAACCAAUCAGCACAUCUUCAGAUCAUCACAUGACUAAACAGGCGACUAAAGAUAGUUCAUCCAUCAGACGCGUCACAUCUACAACCUCAUCACUACCACCUUCAUCUUCAUCUUCAUCACACACGUCUGAUUCUUCAUUAUCACCACAAUUAAAGCUAGUCAACAUUAUGUCGACAAUUAUGGGGAUAUUGAUGGUGUUUGGAUUGUCAGUGAUUAUAUAUUUCGGUUUGAGACACAAGAGGCAAGGAGUGUGGAUGAAAGGUGUCGUUCAUUUCUCGUCUGAAACCCUGCUUACUGAAGACGCCACUCUCACCAUCUGUCAUUAUGAAGAGAUGAUGUGCACAAACACUCGUGCUGGCUUCAGUUUGGGCCUUCCAGUGUUCGGUGAACACAACGCCUCUGAUUCCCUCACAUAUUCAACCGUCAUAUUUCAGACCACAGAUCAUUCGGACUGGACUUCAGUGGGGCAGGAAUUAAAUGAAAAUAUUAGUCUAUGAUGAUCUUGUAAAACUGAGUGAAACUGUUUGGUUAUAUAUCUGAAUCCACACAUGACACACAAGCAGUGGAACGGGGGAAAACACAAGAUCUAGAGACAUAUCUUUCAUAAGUUGAACUUCUUUUAUCUUGAGCUCCACGUCUUUGGAAGGCCGUGCCAUGAAACGAGACACGAGCAAAUUCGAUUAUCGAUUACAGAUGUCUGUCUUGAGUGUGUUUACAUUGAAUACCAUGGAAAAGCAGCGCGGUGGAAUAAAUAAAUCUGGAAUAAAUCUGUAAAGUCUGAUCAUACUUGACGCGAUGCAUCCAACAGAUCUUGAUUAAUGAGAAGGGCCUGUCUGCAGAAUGGGCGGGGCUAAAGUGUUCUCACUCUGAUUGGCUCAGUCGUCUUUCAUUGGCAUGUAUGAUAGGAAAUGUGUUGAGAGUUGUCUUCACUGAAAUGCGCAGAAAAUACAACUUCAGCCCACAUCCCGCAACGGCAAGAGAGUGUAAUUGUGAAAUGUUUAUUUGUGGUGGACGGUGUAC